AUGGCCGUUCUUAACACCUAUUGUGGCGUAGUAGUUGGGGUUUCCAAACCCAUCUACAUUGAAACCACCUUUCGUCGGAGUAUAGGAGGAGAAUUAAAGUCCAAUGGAACCAUACUGAGGUCCGGUGCCGACUUUGCGCUGCGUUUCGAAUGCCUUCGUCUCCAACACCUGCCGGCAACGACUGCGGGGCAGUUCUGGCGACAAUCGCCGGAGAGAAAGAUAUACGACUCCAUCAUUUUCGACCCCAACCUGUACGGUCACGCAACGGGGGACUACAAUCUCUAUGACGGACUUUGCUUCGACCAAGACGAGGUGGCUGUGCUGGAUGCAGACGGGUUGCGAGAUUGCGAGGAGCGCUUGCCUCGACUUUUCUGGCACCUCCGCCACAUUCUGGCCAACGGGGAUCGUGCAUGCUACGAAUACAUACUUAACUGGCUUGCUCAUCAAGUCCAGCGGCCUGGGAAGAAGAUCGGGGUGGCACUCGUGUUUAAAUCCAAAGAGGGUGCUGGAAAGAACAUCAUAUGGGAUUUUGUAGGGCUUCGAAUUCUCGGCGAGGAUCUAUACUUGUACUGUAACGAUCUCGACAAGGUGAUUGGCAGAUUCAACUCCAUUUCCGCCAACCGACUACUCACUGUUUUCGACGAGGUCUCCAGCUGGGGUGGAGCUUACAAGAGCAACAAUCGAUUCAAGAGCCACAUCACUCAAGAACGGAGCAUGCUCGAGAAGAAAGGAAUUGACCCGAUCCAAGUGAGAGACUUUUGCAACUCCGUCUUCACAACAAACGAGGAGUGGCCAGUCAAGCGCGGUGUUGAUGACAGACGGUAUGCGGCUGUAGAAGCAUCUAAUGAGAAGCUGGGAGACAAGGAGUACUUUACUCGUUUGGGAAAUGAGCUCGAGCAACCAGAAACGGCAAAGCGCUUCUUCCAAUACCUUCUAUCUCUGGACAUCUCAACUUGGAAUGCAAAGUUGGUGCCCCAAACAGCGUGGGGAGAAGCCUUAAGAGCACAUUCGAUUCCCACGUAUGCAUCCAUGGUCCAAGCUCUCCUUGAGAACGGCUGCUUCCAUCCAACGAAAGAAACAUGGGCCGCAAGUGAAGAUAUCUUGGCAACAUACGAGACCUUCCUACGAGACAAUAACAUCCAAGCGGCGGAAGCUAGGCUUACACGAACGGCACUUUGUGGAGCGUUGCAUAAAGCCUUUAAGCUGCGAUCAUGCACUCGGAACUUGAGCAGACCAAACAACGACCAAUUCAACCAGGAAGCAAAAACGGUCCGAGGAUGGUGGUUCAAACCAGAAGCUCGACUGGAUGCGAUCCGCAAGCUUUGGGUUGGCCAAGCUCUCGUGCUUUCGAAGAACUUGGGGGGUGGCUUUGACACUUACGCGAUUGGCAUCUUCGAUCCCGCAAACCGCACAGCGCCGCUGGGAUUUAUCGGACGCGACGACAAGCACCAUGGAGUGUUCGAGCCCAGUCGCACAGGCGUGGAGCUGCCGGUGAAGGUGCAUCGCAUCAACCGAGCCAGGGGCCGCCAUGGGCCUUGGCAUUUUGCGGUGGCAAUCGCGGAGUCUGUGGCAGCCCCCAGCCACAGCGAGCGCUCUCUGUAA